UUCUAUAAAAACUCAAAAUAUCAGUGAAAGGCUUAAUAAGAAACAAAAGUGCAAACAGAGCUAUAAGAGGUUGAGCAUAAAAAAAGACUCAGAGAAGAGCAAAGAAGAGGCACCCUUUAUUCAGUCAUUCAAGUAACUUUUGAUAUAUGAAGAUUACAAAGCCAUUGAUAAAUCUCGAAAAGCAUGCUCCAAAACUAAUACCUUCAAAUCCAGCCCAGGACUCAAGAAGAGAGGCAUCAAAUCCUUCACGAGGCAUAAGAAAAUUGUAAAAAUUUCUCAAAAUACAAAAGACAAAAACCUGUGUCCCUUCAGACUAUUAAGAGGUGCCGAUGAACUUUCAUUCUAUAGUU